GAGGAAGUAGUGAUGGUUGAGUACAUGGGUGUGGUUGGUUAGCAGUUAGCCCAUCAGCCUUUCAGAAGUGGCACACAGAGGAAAGCACCGUGGAUGAUGAGGAUGCGGAUGAAUCUCUGGACCGGGGCACCUCGCAGGAUGGAUACUAAGAUUUAUUUAACUUCCUUGAUCUUUCUCCUGUUUGUCAUGUUAAAAGUGUCGAGGGCUCAGACUUCCACACCCGCAGAUCAAAUGGAGUCUGUGAGCAGCAAUACAGCAGCGACAACAAUGCCCACUGCUCCGACUCCCACUGCAGGAAAGACAGUGGUAAAAAGAGUCACCAGAAAGGUUGACUCCUCCCCGGAAACCCUCGCUACUGAACCAACCACAAGGCAGCAGCACAUUAACACCAGCAACCCAGUCAAUGUCAGCAGCACCACAUCAGAAACUAAGGCUCCAGCAGCUGCCACAGAGGGGACAACAAAACCCCAAACAAAGACCACCCUCACUCCAGCAUCCACAGUGACAUCCUCCCCAUCCAUAACUACGAGCGCCAUCAAAGACAAAUUUGCCUCGGAUACGGAGGGUGACAAAGCUUUCACCUAUGAUUAUGAGUCCCUGCGCAAAGUUGGACUGUCAAUCGCAGCAGUACUUUUCAUCGUGGGCAUCAUGGUCAUUGGCUGUGGCAGGGUCUGCCGCCUGCCCAGCUGUCACAAGAGGUCAUCUAAAUCAUAUAGAGUUGUCCAAGGAUAAGGAGGAAGAGCGUGUGUAUGUUUAUAAAAAUGCAAAGCUGCAAGACACCAACCACGAGUCCAUGAAGAGAAGAAAACUCAACCUAAAUGUGGGAGCAUGUGUGUGAAUGUAGAUUUACUGACACUAUGUUGCUUAGAAAAUACUGAAUAAACAUAGUGCAUAUGAAUCAUGUUGACACGUGAAA